GUGCCCUCCAACAAUCACAGCACCGCCUGCGCCUGUAGUACAUCACAUCCCACCUCAGGUACUGUGAUAACACCCCUUCAGUUACUUGCUUCACGCGAUGUGAUCUCUUCCUACACUCUUUCGAUGGCAUUGGCUCCUUUCAAAGCUGUUCGCUUCCCCAGCAUACUUGGUCUCCAGGCAAAUUACUGCCCCUUCGUGCGACCUUCUACUCUGGACGAGAAAGCUUUUGUCUCCCGGUGGCACCCCCGCGUGUUUGCCACUCGGGACAAGUAUGCAAGAGCGUCGCCGGAUGCUCUGUCAUGGUGGGUGGUGAGCGGUACGAGCCAAAAAGUUGUUCCACAAGCUGUGGUGCGCAACCGGCUGAAAAGAAGAUGGGCGAACGCAUUUGCAGACAGUAUGAGACAGAACGGCUUCCACGCCAAUGGGAAGCUGUUGUCGGGACCCAAAGAUGGAAGAAGUUCUAUUCCAGGGCUGAAAGGCAGUCUCGAACUUCUCAUCUACAGUCGAACUGGGCUAGACGCUCCCUACGACAAGCUUGUUCAAGCGACCGAUGUACUCGUCAAGACGCUUCGACGUGGAGGCCCUAAGUUCAGUCCAGACUUGUGGCCUAGACCUGCAUCCAUUUGGCACAAAGGACGAAGAGAAGACGCAGAUUCCACGUGGUCCAUUGUCAAGCCACAGAAAUAAAGACGACUGUCACUUGGUACCGAACUUCGGAUGUAUACUACAUGAUACCCUGUGUAUGAUAAAGAGACUAUACCGCCCUUUACAACUGGCUCGCCACAAUUCUCCUGUCUUUCAUAUGCUCUU